AGGAAAUUACAUUUCUUUCAGAUGCGAGUAAGCUGAAAAUGGUUUGAAAAUUCUGAACAAACCUUUAAACCAUAUUUAAUGUUCGGCAAGUGCUGAAUAUUGAUUAAAUCAAUUAAUAUUGAGGAGUAAGGUUUUGAUCUAAAAUGUCUAGAAUAGAUUUAAAGGUUGUUCUUCUCGGGAAGGAGUAUUGUGGGAAAACGUCCUUGGUGGAGAGAUUUCUCAACGACAGAUUUGCUGGAGAGAACAGAUAUCAGAACACAAUUGGAGCAGCGUACGGAGCCAGAACUGUCAGUGUAGGAGGAAAGGAGUUGACUCUAGGAGUAUGGGAUACGGCUGGUAGUGAACGAUAUGAAGCAAUGAGCCGAAUGUAUUAUAGAAAUGCAAAGGCUGCAAUUGUUUGCUACGCAGUAAAUGACGAGGAUAGUUGGGAGAAGGUUAAAGCUUGGGUGACAGAGCUAAAAAAGCAUGAGCCUUCUUGUACUAUUUAUAUCUGUGCUACAAAAAUUGAUUUACUCAAAGGAAAUAACAAGAACCGCAAAGUUGAUUACCACAACACAACGGACUAUGCUGACGAGGUGCCGGCUAAGUUGAUGGAAACCUCCAGCAAGGUUGGGGAGAACAUAUUCGACCUGUUCCAAACCAUAGCCAAGGACUACCUGGAGAGCAAGGCAAACAGUCUGGAGAGUUAUCAAGACUAUGUUUAUCUGGACAAACCAACCAAACUCAGAUCAUGUUGUGCUAAACAAAGCUAGGAAUAAGCAGUACACCCGAGGUUAAACUAUACACAUGGCCUCAACGUACAUGUGUACGCAAUCAAUCAGCUCUAAUAUUUCUUAAGCCUAGAUGUCUGUUUGUCAGAAUGAAAAUAAUGAUAUUAAAAUUACUCCGUUUGAAGGUAUGACUCAGAGAUAAGAAUUUGUGGUGUCAAAAGCAUGGCCUCGAUAUUUAACUUGCUCAGUAUUAUUAAGAUAUUUUAAUUUACAAAUUGUUAUAAAUCUUCUGAAAAAUGUAAAAUAAACAAGUUUGGGUGGGAUUCAAACUUUUCACACUAAAACUUACCUUUGAACGUCGGACCAUGGAUUUUGAAUUAAUUUACCUAUAAAACUGAAUCCCGGUGCUGAAAAUAAUUUAAAAUUAAUUCUAGA